UUCUACUCGACCUCAGGCUUUUAACUAGGCUUUAAACAGACGACACAGUGCUAUAAAGAAUAUCUUGUAUCUCAGCAUUCAUCAUCAGCUGCUGCUCAACAAGUUAGCCAACUGAAAAGCAUGUCGAUGCAUUAAGAAGCCAUGGAGAACGCAGACUGCCCCACUGAGGGCGACCCGCUCAAGAGGGAACAGGACGGCGUGGAGACAGGAACAGUGACCGGUCUGAGGAAGAAGGGAGUGUUGGCCUUGUCGAAGAGGACACACUGGCAGACAGCGCUGUUCUUCCUCUCUCUAUUUCUGUGCCUCACCAUUGUGUUUGCCUUCUCCUUCAUCAUCCCGUGCCCUGUCCGGCCCCAGUAUAGUGUUACAUGGAGCAGGAACUUCGCGGGAGCAGCUGCUGCGUAUGAUUUUUUGGCAAUCGAGGAUGCAAACAAAGACAAGGUGAUGGAUGUUCUGUUUGUCAUCAAGGGCACUGAAGGCAGUUUGAACAAUACAUGUGGUGGUGCAGGUCUUUCAUCGCCAUGUGUCUUCAUGGUGGCUGUGGAUGGGACAGAUGGAGAAACUCUGUGGGAGCGUCCUCUAAAUUCUGAGCUCAACUGGGUCCAGUGUGGUCUGGGUGAAGACUCUGGCAGAAGUUGGAACUGUCUGCUGUCCCAUUCUGACCAACUGUCAGCCCUUGACAAGCAAAAAGGGGAGGUCAGGUGGCUGCAGCCUCACCCGGUGGGUGUGCGCAGUGUGGCGCCGGUGCUCAGUGUCCCCGACCUCGAUGGAGACAGCGUUGGUGACAUAGCACUGCUGGCUUCUGACAGUGUCAACACUCAUCUGAUAUUCCUCUCAGGGAAAACAGGCUCCCAAAUUGGAUCGUCUGCAUUGCUUAACUCCACACAAACAGCCAAUCAUCUUCUGCAUUGUCCGAGUAAAAGUUCUUACUACCUGCUGCUUCAAAAAGACACUGGUUUGUAUGGCCUAGGGCUGUGGAGGCCUGCAGCUGAAGCAGGGUUGAAGGUCAAACUUGGAAAGGAUAAACACUUGGAGAAGAUGGCGAGCAUGUCAACAGGACUGGUACCUGUUUACCUAUCUGACUCUGUGGAAAAGGUGGUGAGAACAAACCAGGCAGACGACUCUUCAGAUCUGCUUCUGGUCACGGCACAGGAAGUGGUUAUGCUCAGUGGAAAGAGUCUGCAGCCAUUGUGGAGUUUCAACAUCACUUCAGUUCUCAGUGAGCCAUCGUUCGGUUACUUCAACAAAGACGAAAUACGGGAUGUUGUCAUUGAAGACGAUGCUGGCAAUGGAACAAAACGAGUGGUCAUCGUGGACGGGAAGUCUGGCAGGGUGCUGUGGGAGGUCAAUCUUCUGGCCAGUCCCAACUCUCCUCCCCCUGCUUGCAUUCACACGACCAACACCUACUCUGUCUUCAUGAUUUGGGGAUUGUUCCUCGCUGGGAGAAAUUCCUCUGUUGAGUUGGCUGACCACCGUCGAUCUUACAUGAUGCAUCCGCUUCACUCACAAGUUCUGCUGGAGUCGAACAACACCGCGGACAACAUUGUUGCAUUUAAAGCGACGCUGUUGGAGCGAGGUCGGCAUGCUGCCUACAUCCUGCUGACAGGACCUGCUAUGGAGGGAGACAAAGAAAAUAAAAAAUCAGUGGACCUGAGCAAGAGGAAGCUGAAGCAGGAUGUCGGAGAGAGCACGGUGCUCCCUCUCGGCACCAGUGCGGUCAUGGAGUCCGUCGAGGAGAUCAAGGAGGACUUCAAUCGACUCCGCUUCAGUGACCACUGAUGUCACCCCGGCAAACAUCACAUAUACUGAAAAAAAAGAUCUGCUGUUAAACAUUGCCUGGAUUUCACUGUUCAACUAUUGUUUGAAUCACAAGGCUGCUGAAAAACAGAACGUAGCAUGUGCCCUGAUCUCAUGGCGUCUGGAUCAGGGACAUAUCUGAACCCUCUCUCUGACACUGCAUGGCAUUUCACAAGGGUCUCGUCCAUUGCGUUUCUCUUGAUUUUGCCGGUCUUCUCUACUACUGUGUGGUUUUGUUGAAAACUCAUGAUGCCAGAAAACCAAGAGUGGUAGCCACGAAUGUUAACUCAUGAUCUUGGUGUUUGUCCUUGCUGCACAUUAUUUCUGUAUUUCACAGUUCACAAUCAUGCUGGUGCAGAUUUGUGGUCGUCUUGAUCCGGGCUUCUGUUUAAUUCUAAACUCUUACAAUCACUCCACAAAGUUGAUCUCCUCCUGCUGAUGAGUUGUCACAUGAUCUGCAGCAUCUCUUGUAAACCAGGAGUAAAAUGGACGUCAUAGCAGGUCACCCGGGGCUGUAAACAAUCAAUACUGACUACUCACAAGUCCAAAAUGCUGUAACUGGUAACGACCUCUGCUGCUGUGAGACUUUGGCUGUUAGCAAUUUAACAAGUGGAAUCAGUGAAAUGUGUGUGAGAGGGAGCUCUAUAAAUAAUAUAUUGAAGCUGAAGUAAAUGCCUUACUACAAGCUGCCUGGUAUGGAGGGUUUUUUUUAUCUGUGAAGUUUUUUUCUUUUUGAGUAAUAAUAAAUCUAUGAAAAAGUUUUGUGUGAAAUGUCCACAUUUAACUUUAUUUUUAGACGCAGAGGUUCAUUCACACAGAUGUGAAGUAUGAAUGAAUCAUAGGUAAAAUAGUAGUGAUCAAGCCAGUUAUAUGAUAUGAAGUGAAGCUA